AUGGUUAGUUUCGACGUGUCGCCGGCUGAGCUUUCGCUGUCCGGUGUUGCCAAUUCGGCCACAUUGUUACUGCAACCUGCCCAAGCAUGCAGCACUGCCCCUGAAUCGGCGCUUGAGCUGAAGCAGAUCAGUCAUUGUCCCAGCCUUUCAAACCUUACUCAGGUCACAAUGGUGCCGUUGGGGCACUUGGCCAAAGGGGCCACUUUGGAAGAUCUUCUUGAAACCUGCAUUCAGUCUUUUGAUUUAGAAGGAAAUGCAUAUCAAAACAACCAGCUGCUAAAGAUAAUUCUGGCCAUGCAUCAGUUUAUCAUCUCCUCAGCAGACAUGCUCCAGAAACUCAUUGAUCUCUAUCUUAAUGCUUUAGAAAAGAAAUCUUCCAUGCUGUGUGUAAAGAUAUGCUAUUUUGUGAGGUACUGGAUUACAGAGUUCUGGGUUAUGUUCAAAAUGGACUCAAAACUAUCCACAACUAUGGAGGAAUUUCAAGAACUGGUUAAAGCUAAUGGUGAGGAGUUACACUGUCGUCUAAUUGACACAACUCAAAUAAAUUCUAGGGAUUGGUCUAGAAAGCUGACACAGCGUGUAAAGGCCAACACCAGUAAGAAACGGAAAGUCUCGCUUCUUUUUGAUCACCUUGAGCCGGAGGAGCUGUCAGAUCAUCUUACCUAUCUUGAAUUUAAGUCUUUCAGAAGAAUAUCAUUCUCAGAUUAUCAGAACUACAUUGUGAAUAGUUGUGUAAAGGAGAAUCCAACAAUGGAAAGAUCAAUUGCUCUUUGCAAUGGUAUCUCUCAGUGGGUGCAGCUAAUGGUUCUCAGCAGACCGACACCCCAACUUCGGGCUGAAGUGUUCAUCAAGUUCAUUCAUGUUGCACAGAAGCUCCACCAGCUGCAGAAUUUCAAUACAUUAAUGGCAGUGAUAGGAGGUCUCUGUCACAGUUCCAUUUCCAGACUCAAGGAAACAAGCUCAUGUGUUCCUCAUGAUGUAAUUAAGGUGUUUAAUGAAAUGACGGAACUGCUUUCAUCUUACAGAAAUUAUGAUAGUUACCGACGUGCCUAUAACGAGUGCAGUAACUUUAAGAUCCCAAUCCUUGGGGUCCACCUGAAAGACUUGAUAUCACUUUAUGAGGGCAUGCCAGACUACUUGGAGAACAAAAAAAUUAACAUAUACAAACUAUACUCUCUGUAUAACCACAUAAAUGAGCUGAUACAGCUCCAGGAAAUGCCACUUCCCCUGGAGGCUAAUAUGGACCUUGUUCAUUUGCUUACACUGUCCCUUGAUCUUUACUACACAGAAGACGAAAUUUAUGAGCUUUCAUAUGCACGAGAGCCACGAAGUCACCGAGCUGCUCCUUUGACACCUUCCAGACCGCCAGUAGUUGCAGACUGGGCCUCAGGAGUAGCCCCAAAGCCUGAUCCAAAAACCAUCAGCAAACAUGUUCAGAGGAUGGUAGAUUCCGUCUUCAAAAAUUAUGACCAUGAUCAGGAUGGAUACAUUUCCCAGGAAGAAUUUGAAAAGAUAGCUGCCAGUUUUCCUUUCUCAUUUUGUGUAAUGGCUAAGGACUGGGAAGGUCUGAUUAGCAGGGAUGAAAUAACGGCUUACUUUAUGAGAGCUAGUUCAAUCUAUUCCAAAUUGGGACUUGGCUUUGCUCACAACUUCCAAGAGACCACUUACUUAAGGCCUACUUUCUGCGACAACUGUGCUGGAUUUCUCUGGGGAGUCAUUAAACAAGGAUACAGGUGCAAAGACUGUGGAAUGAACUGUCACAAGCAAUGCAAAGACCUGGUUGUGAUAGAAUGCAAGAGAAGAUCCAAAACUUCAGUUGCAGACAGCAGCCCAACAUCUGCUUUUGCUUCAAGCCUCUGCCCCGUAGGAGUCAAAGAGCAAUUCCAUGGACAAGAAGAAGGACCGUUCACAUUUCCUAAUGGAGAAGUAGUGGAACACAAUGAAGACAGCAAGGACCGAACCAUUAUGCUCAUGGGUUCCUCAGCUCAGAAAAUCUCAGUGAGACUGAAACCAGCUGUAGUUCACAAAGGUACACAGACUAAUCCCGUACUGGUGGCUGGUGAUGUAUCUCGGAGGCAGACAGAGAAGAAAGAACACAGGAUGCCAGAAAGCCAUUAUCUCCAGGCAGCUCCACCAUCUCCAUGCCCAAGCCCAAUUCUAGGCCGCAAAAAGGCCUAUGUUAAAUGGGAAAACAAGGACUCCAGCCAGAAAAUGAAGGAGCAUCAUCACAGCUGUAAACCCUCAUACCAGGAACUUGAGCAGGAAAUAAAUAUUCUAAAGGCAGAUAAUGAAGGUUUAAAGAUCCAACUGGAACAGGCACAUAAAACUAUUGAAUCUCUCACAAUCCAGAGAAGAAACCAUGUAGUUGACAACCUACAACACAGAGACUGCUUCUAG